AUGCAAUCAAGUUUCUAAAUACCCGGUAUAUGCGCGUUUAUACCCCCUGUAUACAUUCACGCAUUUCACGAACAUAACCAAAGAUUUCAUAACAUCCAAAAUGAACAUUAGAAGAGUUUUCUCCACAAUCGUAAAUGAUACAUUUGCAUUAAGAAAUAAUUUCACGCGCCUUUCCAAUGCAUUCAGUACACAAACCUCACCUGAGACUGCUAGUCAACCAACUCCCAAUACCUCGGAACUGGAUAAACUUUAUAAAAUAGUGGAAUUGGAAAUGAAAGGCAAUGAUCCAGCGGUUUUAGACAGCUAUGCAAAGUUUGCCACUACAGCUGGCAAGCACUUUGAAUUAGAAACAAAAACAUGGAAAUUGAGGAAACCUAAGCAUGAACGUUUUACAAUGUAUAAAUCAGUACACAUUUAUAAGAAGCACAAGAGUCAGUAUGAGCUGAGGACUUACUUCUCAUUUGUACAAUUUAAAUACUUGACUGGAUCAACAUGUGACACUCUGGUAGAGUAUUUGCAAAGGAAUUUGCCUGAAGGUGUAGCAUUGAAGACAUCUAAGAUUGAACUUCAGAAAUUACCUGAUUAUUUGGAGUCUUAGGAUUGUAGGUAAUUAAAACUAGGUAUGAUAUAUGGUAGAGUGUUUAUUAUUAAACAUGAGUUUCAAGUAAAA